AUGGAAACACUUACAAAGAGAAAGACUGGCACCCAGGAACUCUUGGAACUUUUAAGGAAUCCAUAUCAAGCUCAGAUAGCACAAACUUCUGUCAUUGCAAGCCUUGGAACGUCAAUUGGAUUUACUGCGCUCCUUGCCAUCGGAUUUUCCCUACUUCGUCCUUAUAACUCAGUAGUUUACGCACCAAAGCUAAAACUAGCAGACGAGAAUCAAUCUCUCCCGCCCUUGGGUCGGGGUAUUUAUUCAUGGGUUAUACCCGUCUGGCAUACUUCAGAAGAUGAUUUGGUCCAUUUAAUCGGUCUGGACGCUGUUGUGUUUCUUCGAACCCUAGCAAUGUGCCGCAAUAUCUUUGUAACUAUCGCAAUUGUUGGUUGCGGCAUUUUGAUACCUAUCAACCUAGUGAAUGGCACCGACACAAAGGUCAAGUUCAUAGUCAAAGUAACGCCUAUAAACACUUUUGGGCAAGCAAAUUGGGGAAUGGCUAUCAGUGCUUGGUUAUUCAAUGCAAUUAUAAUCGGCUUCCUUUGGUGGAACUAUCGAGCCGUGCUGAAACUUCGAAGACAGUACUAUGAUAGCCCCUCAUAUCACGCUAGUUUACAUGCUCGAACUCUGAUGCUUAACGAUAUACCGAAGGACUAUCGUUCAGACGAGGGUAUUAAUCGCCUUAUUGACGCUGUGGUGCCAACAUCAUCUUUCUCGCGGACAGCCAUCGCAAGAAACGUCAAAGAACUCCCAGAGCUCAUCGAAGAUCAUGAAGAAACUGUACGCGAUCUCGAGAAGCACCUUGCUAAAUACCUGAAAGAUCCCAAAAAUCGGCCUAUACAUCGUCCUCAAUGUUACCCCUCUAAAAAAGAUCCAGCUUGCGGUACUUACGGUAAGAACCAAAAGGUGGACGCCAUUGAAUAUUUAACGUCCCGAAUUAAAGAUUUGGAAGUUGAGAUUAGGGAGCUACGCCUGACAAUCGAUAAUCGAAAUCCCCUACCAUACGGGUUCGCAAGCUAUGAUUCAAUUGAAGAAUGUCACGGCAUCGCAUUUGCUGCCAAAAAGAGACAUCCACAUGGAACAUCCAUUGUCUUAGCCCCAAGGCCUAAUGACAUUAUAUGGAAAAAUAUGCCGUUGAGCAAAGCGCAGAGGCGAACAAGAAGAAUAAUUAACAAUAUGUGGGUCACUCUCCUUACUAUACUCUGGGCUGCGCCAAACGCCCUUAUUUCAAUUUUCUUUACUAGCCUUACCAAUCUCGGACAAGUUUGGGAAGCCUUCAGAGACUCCCUCACCGCACACACCACUUGGUGGGCUAUCGUUCAAGGUGUAGCUUCUCCGGCUAUCACUUCUUUAGUCUACCUCGUUCUACCAAUAAUUUUUCGUCGACUCGCUAUCAAAGCAGGAGAUCGAACCAAAACUGCCCGGGAACGUCAUGUGGCGGGAAAGUUGUACACAUUUUUUGUUUUCAAUUUUUUGAUUGGAUUCUCAUUGUUCAGUACAAUAUGGAAUUUUGUAUCUACAAUUAUAAGCGCAACAAAUUCAGGUAAUGAUGCCUGGAGAGCGAUUUUGAAUGCGGACAUAUUCAUGGCAACCUUCAUCUCCCUCUGCGAGGUAUCUCCCUUCUGGAUAACCUGGCUGUUACAACGUAACUUAGGAGCUGCUAUUGAUCUAAUGCAGCUAUGGAAUUUGACCUGGAAUACAUGCUUACGAAAAUUCUCACAUCCAACUCCUCGCGAGAUGAUCGAGCUUACAGCCCCCCAAGACUUCGACUAUGCAUCAUACUACAACUAUUUCUUAUUCUACAGUACUGUGGCUCUCUGUUUUGCUUUCAUACAACCGUUGGUUCUUCCAGCCUGUGCUCUUUAUUUUGUAGUUGAUUAUUUUCUCAAGAAGUACCUACUCCUUUAUAUUUUUGUCACAAAGAUAGAGUCAGGUGGUAUGUUCUGGCGUAUGUUUUACAACCGGAUGGUAUUCGCUGUAAUUCUCUCUAAUUUGAUAGCUUUUUUGGCUCUUUGGGUUCAUGGGGAUGGUGAGCAUACCGAGGCAUACACCAUACUUCCACUCCCACUCUUAAUGAUUGGAUUUAAGUUAAUCUGCAAGAGCACAUUUGACGAUGAGAUCCACUACUAUAUUUCUAGCGGUGUACUUCAGGAUUCAGAGACGAGGCGUUCAAAUUUCUUUGACGGCACCAAGGAAGAUCGCUUAGCCACUCGUUUUGGCCAUCCCGCCCUAUAUCGUCCGCUCAUGACACCCAUGGUACAUGCAAAGGCGCAAAACAUUCUAGCCUCAGUUUAUGGCGGUCGUCUUACGGAUAGUAAUAAUAAUUCGGCCUCUAUCGAAGCCUCAUCUAUCUCAGGAUACUCAGAUACUUAUGUUAUGAAUAAAAUUUCAAAAACCCAUCCUGGCGGGAAAAUGCCACUUCCAGGGUUUGAAUUGGUUCCAGAAAAUCGGCUCGACUUCGCUUACUAUAAAGGGCGUCAUGAAUUUUCUGGUGAUUAUGGAAGAAUGAGUGGGAUUUACAGCAAGCCUGAGGACUUACAGCCUCCUUAUACACCAAAUGUAUAUGAGACAGAAACCCGGCCAAGCACGCCAACAAUGCGGCGAAAUUACAUGACCCGCUCAUCUAUUGCUAGUUCAGAUGGUAAUAUUAUAAUGGGCUCAGAUGUUCAUGCCCAUUUGAAUGAAAGGCAAGAUGAACGAAGUGGUCUAGUCCAUGGCGCCGCCACAAGCCCACUAUCAGCCCCAAGAGGUCAUUUAAAAUCUCAUAGUGCCAACCUGGAGCCUAAAUCAGCUACCUCACUACGUGGUGGGUAUGGAGGAGUACCACAAGAAGAAAUACAAGAUCCCAUAGAUUAUGAUUAUUUUCGAUGGCGGCGACAAAAUCAACGAUGA